AUGUCUGCUUUUCCAGAUCUUUAUCAUCAAGUGGAAGGUGAUCUGGUGUUGAAGCCAGAGAAGUCUACAGUGACUGACCACAUCACAAGCAUCCUAUGGAAGCAUGGGAAGAACAAGGUGGCAGAGUGGUACAAGGAUUAUGGUCUGGACAUCUAUGGUACCUUCAUAAACCGUACAACCCUGGACCAGACUACUGGAGAGCUGAGAAUCAGUGGAUUGAUGAAAACAGACAGUGGAGUUUAUUCUGUGGAGUUCAACAGCAAACUGCUUGACAAUACAUAUACACUGUCUGUUAUCAAGGCAGUCCCCAAACCCACAAUCACUUCUUUCUGUAACGCCAAGCAAACCUCCUGCACUCUGACCUGUGAAGGUGACACCACUGAUGCUGAACCCGUCACCUACAGCUGGAAAGUGGGAGAGGGGCCGUGGGUUGUCGGAGGAAAACUGCUAAUUGUUUCUAAAAGCCACACUGGCAAUUCAACCAACAGUUACAAGUACACCUGCAAGCUGAACAACACUGUUAGUGGGGAAGGGGAAGUCAGUGAGCCAGGUGAAGAGGUGUUUGGUUCAGGGCGCGACGGUGAGCCUAAAAGGGGUGGCGGUACAGGGAACGGCGGCGGACCGGCUGCGGCGGCGACGGUGGAGGCGGUGGCGACGGCGGAGGCGAUUGCGGAGGUGACGAUUGUGGAGGCGGCGGAGGCGGCGGCGACGAUUGCGGUGGAGGCGGCGAUGGUGGCGAUUGCGGAGGCGGCGAUGGCGGCGAUGGCGGCGGCGAUGGCAGCGAUUGCAGAGGCGGCGAUUGCGGAGGAGGUGGCAUUUGCGGAGGAGGCGGCGAUUGCGGCAAUUCCAAAAGCGGCGGAGGCCCGGGGGCCGACCUGA